AACAGACUGGUGAUCAGACUGGGAACAGACUGGUCUGACUGGGAUUGCCUCUCUCUGCUCAGCCUACAGUUUGAAGCUUUUAUUUUGAAGGGUCUGCUCUGUUUGACAACCAGGAGGAACUCUGCAGCUCUGGACCCGGUUCUCCUCUCUAAGCAGACGCGUCAGAACCGGACUGGACCUCCAUCAGAACCAGGUUCUGGUUCUGGCCCGGCUGGGAACCCGGAUGGAUCCGGUGAAGGCAGACAUGGAGCUGCUGAGCGACAGCAUGGCCGCCUACGCUCACAUCAAAGCCAAUCCAGAGAGUUUUGCUCUGUACUUCAUGAUGGGGGUCUCGUUCGGACUCUUCACGGCGCUCUGCCUCCUGGUGGCCGCCAUCGCCUGCAGGUCCCGGGGCCCCCGCAGGGGCCCCCGCAAGGGCCCCCGCAGGGCCCCUCCGUCCCCCGACAGGCGGCAGCUCAAAGAGUCCAGCGACGAAGAGGAGGAAGACGAGGAAGAGAGCAUGUUUGAGGAAGACGGGGCGGAGUCCGAGGGGAAGGUGGCGCUGGGGCCCUUGAGUUCCCGCAGCAGCCAGUCCAACGGGACCCUGAGGAGCCUCGACGUCUUCACAUCCGCAGAGGAGCUGGAGAAGGCCCGGCGCCUGGAGCAGCGGGAGCGCAUCGUCCGCGAGAUCUGGAGGAACGGGCAGCCGGACGUCAUGGUGACCGGGACGGGAACCAUCGGGCGGGUCCAGUGCCGCUAACCGGGACGAUUGGGCGGGUCCAGUACCACUGUUCUGUUCUGGAGUUGAAGUUCUCCAGAAGCCACAGGGUCCAGAAUGAUUUUCUGCUGCUGUUGUUGCUGCAGAGACUGAAACUGCUUCCUGGGAAUCAUUGGGAGUCAACAAUGUGACAUUCUUGGGUUGGAAGAAUCAUGCAGAGAACUUGUGGGAACGCAGGGAACAUUCAGCCACAUCAAUACUGAUUUUCAGCUAACACAUUGCAACAAACUGGCCUACUCAGAA